AUGAUUAUUGACAAAGAAAAGUAAUAAAUAAGAGAACUGUUUGCAAAUGACCAGAAAUAUGUCUAAAAUGAAAAAAAGAUAUAAAAUGACUUUAUUGUUUAAAUGCAAGUUGCAAAAUAUGAUUCUAAAAACAAAGAAGAUCCUUUAUUAAUAUAAGCAGGUUUCUUUAUUAAAUUAUAUCCUUAGGUUUAACUUAAUAAAAAUAAUCUGUUUUCAUCAUUUAAGGAAAAUUGUAGAAUGACAAUAACAUAAGAUCAAUUACUUAUUAUAUGAUCUCAUAACUAUAAAAUUAAAAAAAUUAGUAAUCAUUCCAUAAUAUGAUUUAGAGAAUUUUUCAUAAUUUAUCUCAAUACAGAAUUGAAAACCUACUUGCAUUUAUCAAAAUUUUAUUCAACCUUUAAAGAAUUUCCUUGUAUCUAUUUUGAAAACCUCCAAAAAAUAUUUAUAGUACAUGGAAAUGUUUUCAUAAAAUCAUGGUUUUGGUUUCAAAACAGUGUUUAAAUAUCAAUUUUGAAAUAAAAAACAAUUUAUCUUGAAAAGUAUCUAAAUCCUUAAAAUUUAGAAUGGUUUAAUUGCUGAAUUAUCAAUUUUUUUAAAAGUAAUAAUUUGAAAAAAUACCUUUUUAUUGCAAAGAUUCUUCUUAUUAAUAACUUUAAUAAGCUUUUACUGGAAAUAAACAAUAAUUUAUCCAAUUAAACGAAACUUAAAUUUACAACCUUGAAUUAGAUGAAUAUGAACUUACAAGCAAAAGAAUACCAUUAAUUCUUGAUCUAUGCAUCACAAAAUUAUUAUAAAAUCCUAAAAAUAUUAUGUUAGAAGGAAUAUUUAGAUUGUGUUCUGCUUAAACUCAGGAUAAAGAAUUUGAAAAUUAUUUAAUUUAAAAACAGUAUUAAGAAAUACUUGAUUAUGAGAACAUAAUAGUAAUAGCCAAUUUUAUUAAAAGAGUUCUAGAUAAAUUAAAGUAUUCAGUUGUUCCAUAUUAAUAUUAUAAUUAAAUUACUACAAUGAAUAAAUAUUCUAUUGAAGAUACAUAGCAAUUAAUCUAAUAAUUUCCAAAUUUGAAUAAAAAUUUAUUUACUUUAAUAAUACUAAUACUGUAAUCUGUGGCUUCCUAUUCUCAUAUUAAUAAAAUGAAUGCUAGUAAUUUAGCUAUAGUUUUUGGUAUUAGCUUAUGUAGACCCCAAGUAUAUGAAUAAGAGAAUAUUUAAGAAUAAUAUUAGAAGUAUUAUUCUUAUAGUAUAUUUAGAAUAAAAAUGAUAAAUUAAUAUAUUUAAUUCAUAAUUCAAAAUGCUACCUAAAUAUUUCCAAAUUAGAAGAUAAGUGACUUUUUACUUGAAACAGAGAUAGAAUAAAAUGAGAUACAAUAAUAAGAAGGAUAACAAUAAUGA